AACAGUCUGUGUUUUUGCUGCGCGGCGCAUCAGCUGUGUUGUUGAGGAUCUUCGAGCUGCACAGAAAGGGAAACUUCUCAUUCCUCCUCUCGCUCCUCUUUAGCCCUAACGACUGUUUGAUCGAUCGGACGGCUGGAGACGUUUCUCCCUCGCUUUCAGGGUUCCUCCGUGGCUUGUCUUUGACUCCCCCUCCCGUAGAGCCUGCAGGUGAUCGUGAGGAAUCUGCUUCGCGUGAGAUUUCCAGAUUCAUCGAGCCCGACUGCACAAAGUUGAUCUGCGAGCUAGCUAGCUGUAGCUAACUCUGAGCUAGCUUCCUCGCUACCUAGCUUGCAGUGCUGGUCGGGGGAGGGAGUCCAUCUUCAGACCGCUCUGGGGGCGUUGGUUUUCUGUCACUACAUUGAAGCUGGUUGUUGCUUCUCCACCUGUAGUCUGAAGAGUACCUGCGGUGAGUCUUUGAGGCCGCUUCUUCCUUAGCUAGCGUGCUCGACACAGGCUGCUAGCUAACACUCUGCGUAUUUAGCCUGGAAGCCAGAUCAAGGCCUCAGUCCAGAACCAGCAGCAGCUGCCUCCACCACCACAGGAUUCGCAUUGCCGUGCAGUGAGACUUGACAGCUUACUUGGUGACACAGAGACUUCUCCCUGAGGAGCCAAGAAGCAGACGGCUCAUGACUUCUGACCAGGACACGAAAGUUGUAGCUGAACCACAGGUGCAGCAAGUACAAGAGGCAAAAGAGAACUCUCAUUUGGAAUCCGCCAAGGUUUCAGACCUCAACCCCAAUGCGAAAGCAUGGGCCAACCACAUGUUUAGCCUGGACCCCAGCGGGAGUGCUGACACCACAACUGCUGCCCUGCAGCCAUGGAAGGAAGGCUGCGAUAGUUUGGCUGACCCCGGCCCAGAAGGCUAUGAAGCCAGUGAAGACAAGGCUUUCAAGGAGCCCCUACUAACCGACCCAGAUGAGCCUCCACCGGCCUCAGUAAUGCUGGCCGAGCCGGCCCCCGUGGCCUCCGUCACCCCGGAGUGCCCUGAGCCGGCCUACACAGAAUACUCCGAGCCUGGGCAACCAGGGCGCACAGGCAGUGAUCCCCAGCAAGAGAACCCCCAGGAGGGCCUGAGGGAACACCUGAAGAAGACCUUGGAGUUCUGUCUUUCCAGGGAGAAUCUGGCCAGUGACAUGUACCUCAUUUCCCAGAUGGACAGCGACCAAUAUGUGCCAAUUGUGACAGUGGCCAACCUGGACCACGUCAAAAAGCUCAGCACAGACGUGGAGCUCAUCGUGGACAUUUUACGAUCUCUGCCGUUGGUGCAAGUGGACGAGAAGGGCGAGAAGGUGCGACCCAAUCAGAACCGCUGCAUCGUGAUCCUCAGAGAGGUCCCUGAGAGCACGCCCAUAGAGGAAGUCGAGGCUCUUUUUAAAGGGGACAACUUACCGAAGUUCAUCAACUGUGAAUUUGCCUACAACGACAACUGGUUCAUCACCUUUGAAUCAGAAGCAGAUGCACAGCAGGCAUAUCAGUAUCUCCGUGAGGAGGUGAAGACCUUCCAAGGGAAGCCUAUUAAGGCGAGGAUAAAGGCGAAGGCAAUCGCUAUCAACACUUUCAUGCCAAAGAACGGAUACCGACCGGUGGAGGUAAACCCGUACGCCCAGCAGCGCUACACAUCCUACUACAUCCCGCCGGUUUACAGCCCUCAGCAGCAGUUCCCCUUAUACAGCCUCAUCACGCCGCAGGCCUGGUCCGCCACGCACAGUUUCAUCGACCCCACGCUGGUUGCACCGUUUCACAACAACCAGUUCAUCAAUGGAUUUACCACAUCACACAGCUUCAAACCAGCGUCGUCCCCACUCACCGUCAGACACUACUCACCCAGGAACAGGAAUCACAGUAAACCUCACUUGAGGCCGACAGUCCCGACAGCAGACCGCAGCGCCGGACUUCUCGACAACCCCGGCCUCUUUCCCACCUUCCCCAGCGAGAGGCUCAACGGGGUCCGCAGCAGUCCGCCGAUGCGACUCCCCACCAGCCAGCCCAGAACCAGGUUACCCUCCACCGCAGCCUUUCCACGCAGAGACACAGUGGGCACGGGGCGAGUGACCGAGCCCUCUACCACGGACUACUCCCUGGGAAUCGGGCGAGGAAGGAAAAAGAGGGACGAAAAGUUUACAAGAGUGACGCCUCAGUCGCCACCGCCUCCUCCCAAACCCCCGUCUCCGAGCUUCGAACUUGGUCUCUCCAGCUUCCCGCCCUUGCCCGGAGCGGCCGGCCAUCUCAAGACCGACGACGUGUUCGACAACCGGCUGGCCAGCAGCGUCGUUGUCGGAACCACCAAGGAAAGGAAUGUAAGUGCUGAAUCCAGCUCUGGAGGAGCCCUCUCCCCAGCAGGCCCCAAAGAGCCGCUCCGGCCCUCCGCCUCCCCGAUGCCCACCAGCUUCCAGCCCUCACCGCCAGCCUCGACCCCAGCCUCAGCCUCAGCCUCAGCCCCGACCGUGACCCCCUCCGCCGGCCCGCCGCACAGCCCUGCUCCCCCCCUCCCUGCAGCGGAGGUGAAGGUGACGGAGGCGAAACCGAAGGAGGUGCAGUUGUCUGUGGAGCGAGUUCCCGGCACUCUCUCCACUGCAAGCAAAUCAGUGCAAGUCAACGGUGCUGCCACAGAGCUGAGGAAGCCCUCCUACGCUGAGAUCUGCCAGCGGGUGAAGGACGCCCCGACAUCACAGCAGCCACCCGCCCCCAAGGAAGCCAAGCCAGCCUGCCCCGCCCCUGCAGGAGAGGAGCGGAAGUGCCCCGAUGCCUCCACCCCCGCAGGGGACACAAAGGCCGCCAGAGAGACUUACCCCCCUUCCUCUAAAGCCGCCGUCAGACCCCCGAGGGAGGCCCGAAGGCCGGCUGGGCGGUGGGCCUCGCCGCCCCCACACCCAGGGAAAACCCCCAGCAAAGAUCCCCACCACACCCCGCCCAAAUCUCCGCAGUAGGGCGAGAGCCUCCUUCCCGUAAACCACGCUCCGCAGAUGCGAUUAAAAAAAAAGGAAAUCUAAGUCAGGGCUACUCAAUACUUCUACCCCAGAAUCAGCAGUCACAAACGAGCAUUGAGGACGCCUUCUUUUCUGGAUCAGGGCUUGCAGACAAAAAGCACUUUACUGUGCAUGUAGAGCACCGUUUCAUUUUAUUCUAUUUAUUUGCUUUUUUUUAAUUUCCACUUUUAUUUCUCAUUACUCUUUUUUUGCAUUACGUAGUUGUGUCGGCCCGGAGGUUGGCACAGAAAACACUGAAAUUUAUUCAUUCUGUCUAAAUGGCCUUGUGGGGUUAAAUUAGUCUUGUGUGUGUGCAGCAGCAGCAGCAGCAGCAGGGCAUUGUUGGAAGCCCCCCUCUCCCCCCCCCUGAGUGAGUGGAUGAUGGGAAAGCGUGGGUACAGACUCCACCUUUGUUGGCUCUCCAUAGUGAGGGUUUGUUUGCAUGUUAAGAGGCACUGUUGUGCGACUGUAUGUAGCCUGAUUAUGGGUCAUAAUGUGCUUUUUUUUAAUACAUACUCACAUCCAUAUGCAAGAUCUUACAGCUCAAUCUCAUGACAAGCAGACUCGGAUCGUUCGGUUUACACUGUCUCAAAGUGAUUUCGUCUUCGUCGUGUGUUUUCAGCUUCAGUCGCUGAGGUUUUGCAUCUGAUCCUCUGCUGUUUUGCUCCCUCUGCUCCCCCCUGCUGGCUGUAGUAGUGCGCCGCCUGUGUCUGAGGGCUCAUAGGAGAUCAGUGCUGUUGUCGUGUCCGACAGGAGGACCUCACGGACGGCUGAAACCAAAAACUUUGCUUGGGAAGAAUCUGCGCGUUCCUUGCUUAACUGUGUUGAAGUUUCCUGAAGUUUGAAAAGGAGCUCGGAUAUAUUUACACCUGGGACCCGUCUUCACAUCGUCAUAGGAUUGAAAUGACUAACAGGUAAAAAAAACAAAAAACAAGUGUUGUAAUCGCUUCAGUAGGUAAGUGCUCCUCCUCCUCUGUCUCUCCAACGAGGAGCUUUUCAAUCAACUCCCGUCUUCACGUGAGUCCGCUUCCUCCUUCGCUCUUGUGGCCGUCUGCUGACAUGUCCGACUACACACAGUUAGAAAGUAGGAACAACACUCAGAUUUUUAUCGUACGACUCAGAGACACGCUGUUAUAACCGCGGCUGCGACACUUCAACGGUUGUCUCUGGUAAUUCUGACGUCGGUUCUCCUGGAGAACUCGCCGUUUUUCCUUUCGGUGUUUUUCCGCCUCUGCAUCCGUCUUCACCCUCCCUUUGCAAAAACCUUUACUUCCAAUGAGUCAUGUAGAAACUGAAGUAUGGAAGCGUACCCGAGCCCAGGUUUAGAAAUGUCUGAGUGAUCCUUUUUAAAGGGUGUUUUUCCUGGUGGAGACAUUUCACAAGACAUUGGAGGGGCGACAUUUAAAGCAGAGCUCGUUUCUAAAAGCUUCAACGCCGUCCUCUCGCCUUGUUUGUGUUUGAGAACGAUGGAAGGAAACCAGGGAUGAUUCAGAAUCCAGUCUGGACGAGAACACCGCUUCAUUGGAGGUGAAGAAACACUGGUGAGCUGCUUAUAGAAGAGAGGCCAUUAACACUAGCUGCCAGACAAGUUCUCAGAUCUUCACUCAGUUCAGUGUUCCUCCUGACAGGAGAGGAGGAGGAGGAGGAGGUGUUUUCAAGCUGAAUAUCCUGCUUAGGUAGAAGUAGAAGAAGCGCACCAGACUGGAGUUUUAGUGACUUCAGUCAGCAGUGGGAUGUUUCUUCCUCAAACUCUUUCAAACAGCGGCAUGUCGUCUGGUGAUUUCUCCCGAGCUGCGGUGCUCAACAUCAAACCCGGGGGAUCGGUACCUUCAGCUCUCCGGUUUACGUCUACAGGACUUGAUCUGCUCUGUAGAAUCCAAAGCUUCAUGUUUCCGACCUGAAGCUUCAAAAGGGAAAUGAUCUUAGGAACGUCUCUUUGGACGUAUACGAUGGGGUUUGAGCGUUUGAGGGCACGGUUUGGUUUUUUGGGCCUUUUUGUUUCUGUGUGGACGAGGGUUGUCGUUGAGGGAGUGCUUGUAAAGAAUGAUGAAUAAGGAAAGUGAGACGGUUGGAUAGAUCUUGAAUACUUUGGCUGAACCUCAAACAGGAGGUCACAGGUGGUUUUGGGAUUCUUUGGGACGUUGUUGACCACAUUGGAGUGUGAGCAAGAUUGAGUAGGGGUUUGGGGGGGGGGGGGGGCUGACGAACCAAACAUCCUGGAACAUGUCAACAUUUUCUGUCCUGGGUUUUAAAGUGUCUCUAAGCACACAGUCCUCUUACUGCUUCGCUCCUGUGUUCCCCCGGAGACAUCGUGCCUGACAGAAGCUGAACUUUAAAAGCACAGAGUCAAAGGAGAAACCAUCCUUUACUCACCUUCUGAACGGAGACACCACAUGGUUAGGUUUUUGAGGAGGUCUGGAGGAUCUGGUGGACCUUUUGUGAUUUGCGUGGUACGAGUGCAGAUGGCGGCGGCGGCGAAGUAGGGGGGAGGGGUUGUUGUUAAAUUUAGGCUUUGGUUGGGACGUCUGUCUACUGUAGCAGCCACUUUUGCAGAUAACCAAACCAAGUCUUGGACUUUUUAAACUGAAGCGGUCUGAGGGAGGAGGUAGAGGAAGCGGUCUUUGAUAGAAGCAGGACGGAGGUGGAUUCUGAAGUUGGUGUUUUUUGGAGGGGGGGGGGGCGUAAUCUUUUCCCUUUGUGUGCUCGGGUUAAUCUUUCACCUCAGAUGCAAACCAUCCUUAAAAAAAACCACUGUACUAUACACACAAUAAAAACCUACUCCACGUGGGACCAUGCAUGUCUCGCCAAAGUCUUCCUGCAACAAGAAGCAUUCUGGGUAAUCCCACUAAGAGAAAACAGGAGCCCAUCUGGAGAAGGGAAAGCUUUAUUUACAAGCCUGUACUCCUGCUCAUAGCUGCUUUUGAUUUGGACGCUAAAUCUUGAGUUUGCUAAAAAAAAAAAAUCUAUUUUUGGAUUUUUCUUUUGAAGGACUGAGAUGCACUUGGAUUGGUCGAUUCUUUUCGUUUUUGCUAUUUUUCUCAUCGGUGGAAAUGGAAAAAAAAAAAAGAAAAAAAGAUACAAAUGCACCAUAUCCACAUAUUUAUAAACCAAUGCUGUUUAUUCCAUGAGAAAUAUCGUUACCCUUUUCUUUUUUUUAGGGAGAGGAAAAGAAUAGAGACGCUUCGCCGUCUCUAAAUGUAAAAAAAAAAAUGUCCAUCCAGUGUUUGAGAAACUUGAAUUUUAUUUAAACUUGAAAAAUGACUUUGCCUUAACUUUUAUACAAGACAAGCAUAGAGUUUAUUUCUUUUCAAAAAAAUCCCCAAGAUGUUAAAGAAGUGUGGGAAGUAUUCAGACGUCACAAGUCUUACAGAGAGAGAGAGAGAGAGAGAGAGAGAGAGAGAGAGAGAGAGAGAGAGAGAGAGAGAGAGAGAGAGAGAACACACUUAGCAGCAUUUUCUUCUUUUCCCUGUUUUUGUAAAAUGUACGAAAAGAAUCAUUUUGAUUGUUGCUUUUUGUUUCUUGUUUGAUAGUUUCAGGUUGUUAUUUUGGGGAAGAUUAUAAACCUUGUAAAUGCAAAACUAGUCAAUACUGUAUUAAAUUUGUGCACUUUGAAGUGUGUGCUUUGCUUGUACAGUUGUAAAUACUCAGAAAAAUAUAAGAGGUACCUUAAAAUGAUUAUUAAAAAUAUAUUGAUCUUGUUGAAUUAUUAAUGUUGCUAUCAAGCUGGAUGUAGGAUAUUAAAAAAAAAAACGUAAUGUUGUGCUUUUUGGAAAUAUUUUUGUUGAAUUUUUUGUUUUGUUUUUGUUUAUAGUUUGGGUGUGCGGAGCUUGAAUUCUGCUCCACUCUGCAGCGUGGGCAGGUUGUCUGAUUGUACAUUUUCAUGUUUUCGUUUGUUGUCUUGCAUUCCAUUUUUUAUUUUAUUUUUUGCACCUGGGCAUACAGGUGUGUCCUUAGCCCCUCCCCCUUUUCACUGUGCACUAAUUGGAAAGAGCCUGUGGUACUGACAAGCAUCUUUUAUUACAAACAUCGCAAAGCUGCGUGUCCACCGACAUCCUCUUUUUAAGCUCUGGCUUUUAUUUUCUGUCACCGUUCAGACCGGAUCUUUAAGAAAGAGCGACUUUCUUUAAAUAUCUUUGAAGAAAUAUCUUUGAAUAUUACUGUUAUAAUAACCAGAUCAUUAGAAAAUGAAAGAUGUUUUCUGACGUAAGCGUUAUCAACAUGUAGACGAUGACACUAAUACCUAAUACUCAAAUAGAUGUGGUGAUGAUAUUUAUACGUGUGCAACUUUUAUUCAAACUGCAGUGUGUCCAUACAAGCUUGGUCAGGGUGACGCCGACAGCUCAUCUCCACAAUCAGACGCGAAACAAGAGCAGGAUGAUUUAUGACUCUUUGUGAAUAGACUUUGAGACAAAGCAGAGUCGGGGAAAAUGAUGCGCACUUUCAAAUGUGACUUCCCAAAAAUGUUAAUUCCGAUUAACCCACCAAUCUAAAGGUCAGAAAACUCCAAAAGCUGAAUUGAUUUAACACAGGGUCGCAGAGUCGGCGGUUCACAAUGUCAAAUAGUUACCGAGUGUGGCUAACACUAGCAGAGCUAGCACCACCACCUGUGCUGGUUCCUCAUCGCUCUGGUGGAGUGUGUCAGUUUAACCAGACACAGCCGACAUCACAAGGUCAACAUACUGACAAACCACGCGUGAUCUGUCACCUGUGCUCGUUUACAUCCAGGUAGUAGAGCUUUAGAGCAGUAUGGCAGCAGACGUUAACUGUGGUUAAAGCGUUGUUUAGUGGCUGGCGGCUGCGCUACAGCUUAGACACGGCUACGACUGACAUUUAAAAAGUAUUAACUUCUUUUAACCGACUGAUAAUUCUGCAGCUGACUAGCGAGGGUGACGACAUUUAACUGUUAAGUCGAUGAAACGCACACAUCCUUAGACUAGACUAUAAAGCGCUUGAGUCAGCCUAGCUAAGUAAAGAGCUAGCAUGUUGCGAGUUAAUCUGAAAAAGCUCAAUUCUGCCUUUUUCGAUUUUUUUCCAGUUUUUUUUUUUGGCUUCCGGAAACCGUCGCUGCACCCCGCUCCCGUUAGCUAAGAAAAGGUUACAUGUCAUAACUGAAUACAUCGUCAUGUAUCGUCUGUUUCCUGUUAGUCAAUGAGCUUUUUUUAAUCGCUGAUUUCAAGGCAAUUUUUUAAUCCUUGAAUCGAGCCGCGCUAGCCUUUUUCCUGUUAUGAGCUUCAAUGCUAAGCUAGGCUAACAACCCCCCCAUGCCUCCCACUUUUGUGCUUUACAAACACACAAAAUAAUUACACCCUUUUUUCUAAAAUGAACUCUUAGAAGAUACCGCGCUACUCUUAUUAGCACACGACAGCUCCCGCUCCGAUGAACAGAAUCAAGUAAUGUUUCAGGCUAGCCGCCGUUAAACACCGACUUUCGUGAACUUGUGGUUUUACUUGAAUUUAAUCGAAGGGGAGUUUUGCUUAUUAUCGUCAGUUAUUGAAGAUCUUAAUGUAACUAGCUGUACGAGAUCUUUGCUUUGAUCAAUCAUAAAAUUAUCCGACUUAAGUUUUAUACGCACAAAAAGUGCCGAAACUAAGUUCUAAAUCAUGCCGGACGUUGUACGCCAACUUAAAGGACUUUGGUGGAAUGUGAAAAGGUUGAGGUUUCAUUCGCUCUCCUACGUUCAGUGCGUAGCUACAGCUUGGAUCUGGACAGAAAUCGGUGAUUGAUUAAAGAAUCGAGAAGCAGAAGCUGUGCGGACGUCGGCUCUCUGUAUCAUCACCACGUUGUUGCGCGCCGAUGUUAGCCCGACCUCUUACAGCCAGCUUAAAGAGCGAUGCCUGAUGGACACGCCCCCUGUUCCCGUGCUUUAAGGUUGAUCUGAUACUUGGCGCCCCAUUAUCAGAGCCGAAGCACGAUAAAGCACAGAUCAUUUCACACCUUCAGCUUGUACGGCAGCAGCAACACUCGAGGGCGGGGGGGUAAAUGUUUCAAGAAGCCAACCUGCAAAGACGACCGCAAAUUUGAAGGCCCCAUGGAUUGUACGUUUUGGCACAUUUCUUUAGAAGCUCUUUUGGGAAAUGGAGCGAAAUAUGCGGUUAGUUGUCGUCGUAGCAGGUUGAGCUUUAAAGUUCCCUCCCAGGGUGUUGAUGCAGCUACCAGACGGACACAAACUGAAACCUGCUCGGUGUUUUCACGUCUGUUUCUUGAGCGGUUUGGUUUCCGGUUCACGAUCGUCCGCUUUCAUCGCUUCCCCCUUCCUGAGAAACAAAUGUUCAAAGUGUUUUCUUCUUUGGCUUUUUAUUUGUUUUGUUGUUUUUUGGGGGAGUGGGGGCACAGAAGCAGAGGCUCAACUGGAAUCACUCUUUGUUUUUGUUUUCAGGUUUCAGAGCGAGUGUUCCUGCACGUUCAGUACAGUGACACCCGCAGGUUGAGAUGUCUGUUAAAACCAUUUGAUCACAUGUGGACUGCAUUUUGAUGUGGCAAAGAAAACCAAUAACUGUGCCAUUAUCCAGCUGUUGUUUUUGUCUUUACUGGGCAGUUAAACCUGUACAUAGCUGAGCGCUUGCCAUCUCGGCUUUAGUUUUUCGUUUUGUUUUUUUUAAGAUGUGAUUUUCUUGUUGUUGUUUUUUUUUUGUUUCCUUUUGAAAGUCCAUCAAAGACUUCUCGCAUCAGGAGAACUCUACAAUGUGACACCACUGACUGUAGGAGCAGAUUCUGUGCAUUGUAACUUUGCGGUCGAUCCCUGCUGAGGUCGCGGCAUGUUUGACCUCUGAACUUUUGAGAAGCUGAUAACAAACUGGGCAUCCUGAACUGUGAUUGUGUGCAUGUGUGGAAUAAUUAAAAAUGUACCACCCAUAAAAACCCAGACCGACGCAAAUGUGUGGUGGGGGGGGAGCGGGCGGGGUGGACUCUUUUCCUAAAGUGCGGUUCCUCAGACUGCAUGGUACCGCUCCUGAAGGGAUCUCCUCACUCUGGCGGCCGCGAGUUUCUGCACGCCUCUCCUGUAUCAUGAACACAAACGCUCCAUUUGUGGCGUUUUGAGAAGCUCCUCCUUCUCAUGGACUUCCACAUGGAGCCUCAUAUCAGCCUGUCGGUCGGUCGCCUCAGCUCUCUGACUCCUCCCUCCUGUUUUCCCGUUUUUGACAGUGCCAUUUUUUAUUUUAUUUUAUUGCUGUUGUUUUGGGUUUUUUUAACUCGAGGGUUGCAUCUUGUCGUAAAAAAAGGACUCCCUUGAGGUUGUGUGUUUUUUCUUUGUCAAAGAUAAAAUGCACACCAACUGACUGGAACGAGACUCCAUGUCUUUAUCAACUCACUGUGGUUUAGCUCAUUAACACUCGUACCCUGCUACGCUAACAGCUGUGGACAAUCGAUGACCCCCAUCACGUUGGGGUUCGGACUGAUAACUUUGCCUAACGACACCUUUAACAGAUGUGGGAUGGAGGCAGCGUUCAAGAGGGCUUCUUCUUUGUUUUCAUCUUGAUUUUUCUUUCUUUUUUUUGGUCUAUUCUUCCAUCGAGACUGGAAUCAAGCGUACAUGUCAGCUAUAGAUAAUUUAAGUUACUCUGUGUCAUGAUGUAAAACUGUCUAAUUUGGAGAAAAAAUGUAGCUUACUGAAAAAUAAAGAUUUAGGCACUGUUGAAGA